AUGGCAACGAAAACAUUAGAGAGUCGCUUUGAGCACUUGUCCGUCAAGGACGACAAGGAUCGCACCUAUGCCAAAAACAAGGCCUCCAAGGGUUCCAUCUCGACGGCUGCUUCGUUGUCUAGUCUUGGUCCACCCCAGAAUAACUCAAACCGGGCUCAGUUGCUGAAGUUGGCACUGCAAAACACAAAUGAAAACAAGGCUAAUGCCAUGAAUGUUCCCCCAUCUCCUGGAAAGGGAUCAGGAACAGUGGUGUCUCGCAAUACCGACGAAAACGGUGACAAGCGCACGCCAAAUUUACCACAUGAGCCCUCGGUUCCCAGGGAGCUCCACCUUGGAAUGUUUGAGAUUGGAAAGCCUCUCGGUAAGGGCAAGUUUGGCCGUGUCUAUCUCGCCAAAGAACGGUCAUCAGGAUUUGUGUGCGCUCUGAAGGUGCUGCACAAGUCAGAACUCCAACAAGGUGGCGUUCAGAAGCAAGUUCGACGUGAGAUUGAGAUCCAAAGCAAUCUCCGACACCCCAAUGUUCUUAGACUUUACGGUCAUUUCCACGAUAGCAAGCGAAUCUUCCUAAUCCUGGAAUUCGCGGGCCGUGGUGAACUAUACAAGCACCUCCGUAAGGAGCACCGAUUCCCCGAGUGGAAAGCCGCGCAGUACAUUGCACAAAUGGCGGCAGCAUUGAAGUAUUUGCAUAAGAAGCAUGUGAUGCACCGUGACAUCAAACCAGAGAACAUCCUGGUCGGCAUCCAUGGAGAAAUCAAGAUCAGUGACUUUGGUUGGAGUGUCCACGCCCCAAACAACCGAAGGCAGACGAUGUGCGGAACUCUUGACUACUUGCCCCCGGAGAUGCUGAAGAGCGGCCCCCAGGAAAACUACUAUAGCGAGAAGGUAGAUCUCUGGAGCUUGGGUGUCCUGGUUUACGAGUUCCUCGUCGGCGAGGCGCCUUUCGAGGACACGCCUGCCAUGACCCACCGACGAAUCACCAGGGCCGAUAUGUCUGUUCCGUCCUUUGUCAGCCCUGAAGCGAAGGAUCUUAUUAAAAGGCUAUUGGUUCUUGACCCAGAGAAGCGCAUUCCCCUGGAUGAAAUCCAGAACCACCCCUGGAUUGUCAAGCACUGUGUGAAAGAUGCAAAGCGAACCCCUGGCUCUUCCAAGGAGGGCAAAGCAUGA